GCGGUCGUCCCUUACUGUCAUGACCUCCUUUGGGAAAACAAACCACCGUCUUUCAAAGAGCAGCUUCUUUUUGUUUUUAAAAACUUCCCUCAUGUGUGUUCAAAAAACGCUUUGGUGUGUGUCCUUCGCCGCCAAGAAGGGUAGAGAAACAUGAUGAUUAUUUCCAAAAGAAUAGCCGGUGUCGUCAUCAACUGUCGUCCCGCUCCCUUCCGUCGUCAUCAAAAGAGGACCGUGAUGUUGUCAUCGACGCCGGGUGAGAAGCUUGUAAGGAGCAUUAACCAAUAGCAUAAGGAUCGGCUGUCCAAGCCCGCCCACGUCCUAUCCGGCGAGCCAAUCACGGAGAGGGAAAGCGGGAUCGUCCCACCACCUGGCUCUUGGCUCACUCGGUUAGGAGAGUGAGGAGGACGCGGACGAGUGGCAGGGGUCUUCGCCGCCGGAGUAGCACAGGAUGGCGGGCGCCGCCACCGCGGGGCUCCGCGCCUCCUACCACCGGUUCUUGGACCGGAUUGAGCUCAUGCUGCCUCCCCGGCUGCGCCCUCUGUACAACCACCCAGCAGGUCCCAAAACAGUGUUUUUCUGGGCACCAAUUAUGAAAUGGGGUUUGGUAUGUGCUGGGAUGGCUGAUAUGACCAGGCCAGCAGAAAAACUCAGCACAUCACAAUCUGCAGUCUUAAUGGCUACAGGCCUUAUCUGGUCAAGAUAUUCUCUAGUUAUUAUUCCUAAAAACUGGGGUCUGUUUACUGUUAACUUCUUUGUUGGCUGCGCUGGUGGUUCUCAACUCUACCGUAUAUGGAGGUAUAACCAAGAGCUAAAAGCCAAGGCACUGGAGAAGCAACAGUAGAAAUUCUAGCUCAUCUCUUAACAUCUCAGUUGUAAACAUCUUCCCAAGGGACCUAGUUUUGAUCUUGUUCCGUUGUCUGGUGUGGAUUUUUACUAAAAUAAGUAGUGCAUGUUUUUCUAUACACUUAGAAAGCAGUCUCUCUACAUUAAAAAUAAAGCUUUCAAUUAAACAAACACAGUAAUUAAAUUAAACAAAUAUAAUAAAGUGUCUUUUAAAAAAUA